ACUUCUUUUUGUUAAAUCAAUCAGUUUUCUUCAUCAAGAAAUGGCACAUGGAGAGGUGAUUUUAUUGGAUUUUUGGCCUAGCAUGUAUGGCAUGAGAGUCAAGGUAGCACUAGCUGAAAAGGGUGUCAAGUAUGAGUAUAAAGAACAGAACUUGGCUGAUAAAAAUCCAAUUCUUUUGGAAAUGAAUCCAAUUUUCAAGAAAAUACCAGUUUUGAUCCACAAUGGAAAACCAAUUUGUGAAUCACUAAAUGUAGUCCAGUAUAUUGAUGAGGUCUGGAAGGACAAAGUUACAUUUCUUCCUUCUGAUCCUUAUGAAAAAUACCAAGCUUUGUUCUGGGCUGACUAUGUGGAGAAGGUGUUCGAUUCGGGGCGUAAGCUAUGGAUGGAAAAAGGAGGAGAGCAACUGACAAGAAAGGAAAACUACAUAGACAGUUUAAGGAUGCUGGAAGGUAUUCUUGGAGAUAAAACUUAUUUUGGAGGUGGAAAAAUUGGGUUUUUGGAUAUUGCUCUCAUAGGAAUUUGCAGUUGGUUUUAUACUUAUGAGAAGUUUGGAGAAUUCAGUACAGAAAUUGAGGCCCCAAAGAUAAUUGCAUGGGUGAAGAGGUGCAUGAAAAUGGAAAGUGUUUCCAAAUCUGUUGCUGAACCACUUAAGGUUUAUGACUUUGCUUUGCAAAUUAGAAAGCAUUAUGGAUUAGAGUAGAUGAAUCUUGGUAAACCCAGAACACUUGUCUACUCUAGUCCAUAUUUUUUUUUUUGUUUCUCAUAUGAUAUUCGGUACUCGUUUUAGAGUUCAUUAAUCUGGAUAUGUGCCGAUUUUAGGGUUAAGCGUUGGCGAUGCCAUUCCUAAAGUUCGAACCUAAAAUCUAUACUGAAGGGUACUUAUCACUCCACCGCAACUUUUGGUGGUACUCUUGUCUACUAUGAUAUCAUGUUUUAAUUCAUGAUUGUUCUCAUUUAAAAGAUAAAAUUGUUAGAUCAGACAUAAAAUACUUCUAUUUUUUUUUUUUUUAU